ACGUUCCUCCCGUCUCCGUGGGACCUUGUUCCCGCUCCAUGCAGCGCCCGGCUCCGCAUCCGCGCUUCUGAUCGAGAGAAGGCGCGACAGUUCUCGUUGGCGGACGCGGACCUGCGGCUCUUUCUCCUCAGGGUUGUCAUUGUGAUUUUUCUUUGUGCAGUGUAAAAAAUGGCAGAUAUUGUGCAGCAUGGAUGGGAGAAGUAUCUGUAUGCCCUCCAAAAGUAUCCGUUGCGCACGAAGGCAAUCACCGCUGGCGUGCUCGCUGGGAGUAGUGAUAUGAUGGCCCAGAAGUUGGGUGGAGCAAAGUCUUUACAAUUUAAACGAUCUUUCUUUAUGGCGCUGUACGGAUUACUGUAUGCUGGACCUUUCGGACAUUUCUUCCACAAACUAAUGGACAGCAUUUUUGCUGGAAGACGAGAUGGUAAAACCUUGCUUAAGAAGGUGUUGACAGAGCAACUGACAUCAGGACCAUGGAACAACUUUCUGUUCAUGUGCUACAUUGGAUUGGUACUUGAAAGAAGACCUUGGAGCGCCGUGAAGGCCAGACUCUCCACAGACUAUCCAUCUGUUCAGUUGAAUGCUUGGAGGUUUUGGCCUAUUGUCAGCUUGUUGAAUUAUCGAUAUGUACCCCCACAGCUCCGAGUUCUAUUUCAAAAUCUGGCUGCCGUUUGCUGGGGCACAUUCCUCAUUCUAAGUUCCAAGAAGCAUACACCAGUGUUGAAGAAGGCUAUCUGAGUUCCUAGAACUCAAACCUGACGACUGAUAAGUUGCUCGAACGUUCAAAGACCUGAAGAGGGUAAGCUCCUCGCCAACUUUCAACCAUUGCAAACACCUGUUGGCUCCAGACGUCAUCACUAUCCCUCUUGUAAUACCAAUAUGGAAGUAUUUGGCUGUAAAUCUUGGCAACAGGUGACGUAGGUUAGUCCCGGUCGCGAGUUAUUCUGUGUAAGCUGCUCAGAGAAGACCUGUUACAAAGGAUGGGGCGAACAGAAAGUUGAGCGUCUGACCAAGUAUAAAGUAGUCUACAACAAGCAAGUGUUUGUUGUUGGCUGCUUAGCCGGAGCAGGUCGUUUCAUAUGCUUGUGGGACUCCAAAACUCCUUCGAAGAUAUCAUAUUUUCCAGGCUUAACCUGGAGGAUACAUCUCCUUGUAUAUAAAUUUCGAUAUUAUUCUGCAUCACAAGAUAUUCAUCGUGCACCUCACGUAGUACAGUAGAGUUUAAUAAGACAUCUUUCAGAUUUCGUAGGCACUAACGACCGUCUCAUGCGAUUGUCUGCAGCAUGGUAGGUCCAGUAGACCAACCAGCUUAUGAACAAUUUAGACUUAAAGCGACUGAGGCGGAUUGCAAAAGCAUAUCUAUAGAACUUCAAACGAUUACUAGCGAAGAUAUCUCGCCGUGCCCAUGUUGUAUUAGACCUGUGCUACCACAUGUACUUUGCCCAAGAACUUGACAUAAAGUAUUACUAGCU